GAAGGUUUUAUCUACACUCGACAGGGACGAUCGUUGCGUGAAUUCGCUUAGUUCGUCUGAGAGUUGAGAGUGAAUAGAUAUGGCGGAUUGUCUAUGGAUCCAUCAUCAUCAAAACCAGUAUCAAAUUCACCGUGAAAUUGGCUCUAUUGGAGCUUCGUAUCAUAGUUAUGGUCCGCAUCAGCAUCUUCUCCGGGUUCGAUUGUCGAUAUUUAAUCGUCCCCGUCGCAGAACUGCAAUCUCAUGUAGUUACGACGAUCAGGAAAAGAUAGGGCCACCAGCACCACCACCAAGCCCACCAUCUAACGGAACUGGAAUUCAACUCUACGGUCAGAUUGAAAGAUUAAUAACGGAGACGGUAAGGGAAUCGCAAGGGGCAUGGGGUGGUUCAAGCGAUUGGAGUGAAGUUGAGGGAGCAUGGGUUCUCAAACCAAAAAGCUCAAAACCCAAUUCGGUUGUACAUUUUAUUGGUGGUAUAUUUGUUGGGGCUGCCCCCCAGCUUACCUACCGUUUGUUUCUCGAGCGCCUUGCACAGAAGGGUAUUCUGGUUAUAGCAACACCAUAUCCGAGUGGAUUUGAUCACUUCUUCAUCGCGGAUGAAGUGCAGUUCAAAUUUGAUAGAUGUCAUCGGUUUCUACGUGAAACAGUACAAGAUCUUCCCACCUUUGGUAUUGGGCAUUCUUUGGGAUCUGUCAUUCACCUUUUGAUUGGAUCAAGAUAUGCUGUGCAAAGAAAUGGGAAUAUAUUGAUGGCAUUCAACAACAAGGAAGCAAGCUUAGCUAUUCCUUUAUUCUCUCCUGUUCUUGUCCCAAUGGCUCAAAGCCUUGGUCCACUUUUAUCACAAAUUGCAAUGUCGCCGACUAUUCGACUUGGGGCAGAGAUGACAUUGAAGCAAAUAGAGAACCUGAGCCCUCCUAUGAUGAAACAAGUUCUUCCUCUGGUUGAGCAACUUCCUCCCUUAUACAUGGACUUGGUUAAGGGAAGAGAAGAUUUCAUUCCAAAACCAGAAGAAACUCGCCGACUUAUAAAAUCAUAUUAUGGCGUUUCAAGGAACCUUCUCAUUAAAUUUAGGGAUGAUACAAUCGACGAAACUUCAGUACUAGCUCAGGUUCUUGCCUCAGAAUCAGCCAUUAGUUCACUGCUAGACAUGUCCAUUCGCCUGUUACCUGGAGAUCACGGGCUCCCUCUAAAGCAGGCUCUCCCAGACGUUCCACCAGCAAUGGCAGAUGCAGUAAAUCGUGGAAGUGAGUUUUUAGCAAAUCUGACUGUGGGAACACCAUGGGAGACUGUUGCCAAAGAAGUAGGAAACACAUUGGGUGCAGACUCGAGAAUACUUCGUGCAGAAACCUCGAAAGACAUUGACAUGCUUGUGGAUGUGAUCACAUCUUGGACGGCUUCGAAUGCUGGUCCAAAACUUUUGAGGCCCUGAUGCUGAUUCCUAAAUUGGCGAUGCCAUACAGAUCAGUCUAAAUACAAGGCUAGAGAAAUUAGAAAUUGGAAAACAUUUGGAUUGCAGAUACAUAGUCACAGGGAUAUCAAGUAUGAAAGUGAAAGGAGAUGGAAGCAGACAUGCCACAUGUACAUUUCUUUACAUCAUAAUACAUACAUGCAAAAAGACAAAUAGUUGUGUAAAAAAUACAAGUAUUUGAUAUGGUUUUUACUUUCCAAGAAAGUGUUCGAUAGAGUCAGUGGCA